AGAAAAAGCCAAAACACGAAUUGCGAAGAUGAAGCUCGAUGUGACGGGGAUGCGGUACCUGACGAAGGACCACUUCAAGGUGCUCACGGCGGUCGAGCUCGGCAUGAAGAACCACGAGAUCGUGCCUGUCGAGCUCAUCUCGUCGAUCGCCAAGCUGCGCCACGGCGGCGUCAGCAAAAUCCUCUCGCACCUGCUCCGUAACAAGCUCAUUGCGCACGACGGUACGACGUACGACGGCUUCAAGCUCACGUACAUGGGCUACGACUUCCUCGCGCUCCGCGUCUUUAUGAAGCAUGGCCACAUCUCGGGCCUCGGCCGCCAGAUCGGCGUCGGCAAGGAGUCGGACAUCUACAUGGCCGUGCAGCCCGACGGCACCGAGGUCGCGAUCAAGUUUCACCGUCUCGGCCGCACGUCGUUCCGCGCUGUCAAGAACAAACGUGACUACCUCAAGACAAAGAAGCAAGUCAACUGGUUCUACCUCUCCAAGCUCUCGGCCAUGAAGGAGAACGCGUUCCUGCGCGCGUUGUACGAACGCGGGUUCCCGACGCCGACGCCGAUCGACGCCAACCGCCACGCGAUCGUCAUGAGCCUCGUCGACGGCUUCCCGCUCAACCAGGUGCGCCGCAUGGCCGACUCGAAGGAGGCGUACGACAACUGCAUGGACAUUGUCGUGCGCCUCGCCGAGUGCGGCCUCGUGCACUGCGACUUCAACGAGUUCAACAUUAUGAUGAACGACACGGGCAAGAUCACGAUGAUCGAUUUUCCCCAAAUGAUCUCGACGUCCCACUACAACGCCGAAGAGCUCUUCAACCGCGAUGUCCAAGGCCUCGUCAAGUUCUUCUCGCGCCUCCAGCACGGCUCGUAUGUGCCCGACGAAGUGCCCCAGCUCCAGGAUAUCGUCCGCGACGCGGAGAUGAACCUCGAUAUCGAGAUGGAGGCGAGUGGCUUCACCAAGCAGAUGGCCAAGGACAUGGAGACGAUCCAUGAGCUCACGGUCUCGAAAGACACGAUCCAUGAGGAUGGCCGGGAAGAUGAGGACGAGGACGACGAAGCAGCGGACGAGGAAGACGAUGAGCUCGACGAAGCCCUCGCGCGCGAACUGGAAGCUAAGAUUCAGGCGCUCAAGGGCGACGCGGCGCGGGACAGCGGUGCGGACGCUGCGUCGGACGAAGAGAACGACGACGAGUCGGAGGACGAAGAGGACAACGGCAAGUGGGCAACGCCGGUCGUCAGCGAAGACGUGCGCCUCAAGGUCAAGAAGGCAAUCGCCAAGCAGGCGUCCAAGGGCGGGAAGCGGACGCGCAACUCGUCCAAACUCAGCAUCAAGGGCAAGCUCGUGCACAAGGAAAUGUUUUAAUCGCUAGUAGAAAAUUUAAGGUUUCUUUAAUAAGUACAACAGAGUAGUAGUCAAUCUUGCG